AGGGAGGGAUGAAAAAGGAGAGAGGGAUGGCGAGUGAAGAGGGAUAAAGGGAGGAUAAGAUGAGGAGAUAGGAGAGUGGAUGGCUCUUAUAGUAUAGUGCUGGGUCUAAAUGAGAGCCAUGGAGGCACGGUUAACUCUGAGUAACUCUUGCAUACGUAAUACAAUUUUCUCCCUCUCCCCCUUUUCCUCCUAGAUACACGCACACUAGUGUGUUCUCUCACUCACUCCCGUACGCUCCCUUGCUCGCAUUAUCUCUCUGACUCCCUUCCCCCACUCCCUUUCGGUGACACAGAAAAACGAACGCCACCUCUCGCUCUCUCGUUCUCCCCCGUCCUCCAAUGGCACAAACACCCUGGUCUCUCAUUCCACCUGCUCUCACUUUGUUUUUAUUGUUUUUGUAAUCCCCCUCUUUUUCAGUCAAAUCACCCACGGUCAUGGAAGAUCAUCUCUCAUUCUCUCCAUCUCUGCUUUUUCUCUUUGUUGUUGAAUCAUGGUGUUGACACUAUUUUGCAGUCUCCACUCGAAACUGGUUUUGCAACUCCCCUCUCCCUCUAUUCAUCGCUCUCCCUCCCUCCCUCCCUCCCUCCAUCCCUCCCUCCCUCCAUCCAUCCCUCCCUCUUUCUCUCACGCUCACUCACUGUCCAGUUGACAACUCAUCUUUUUUCCUAUUCACAAUAUCUUUGUUGCACCCUCCAUCCUGCCCUCCCUCCCUCCCCUUCUCUCUUGCUAUCAGUAUCCAUCUGAGAGCAAGAGUGGUGUGCUUAUUUGCUUCUGCCUAAAUAUAUGUGCAUCUCUACCUCUCCCUCUCUCUUCCUCUCUGCACAACACAGCCAAACACUGCCCUGCCUAACCACACAGGAGAUUUCUUCAACAAAUAUUUUGUGGAUUUUUUGUGCGGAAAUCUGAAAUGUGACACAAACUCGAAUAAUUGGACCUUUUCUCAUUUUGUAUUUUUGCAUUUAGACAAUCGUAGAUUUUUUUUUGUGAUGAUUUGUUGAUUUUUGGUCAGAUUUUUGCCUCCUAAUCUGAGAGUGUAGAGAUUGGUAUGUUGUGUGUGUGACUGAGUGUUGGAGGUUUCAGUAAGAGCUGUGUCUGUAUCGCCCAGCAGCAUCAUCAUUUGUGUGAGCUGAGAGUGGAUGGAGUCCUAAUCCCCGUUAACAGAUUCAUUAUCGCUGGGCACAAUCGUGUCGCUGCCUUGUUGUGAAGUCGCCUGGCUGAGCGAUCUGCUGCCUGAAUGGGGUUCUGACAUGACGAUAAGGGUCCCUCUGGGGUGUCUUCUCAAUCCUAAUCCCUCUCUCUCCUCCCUCUCUCUCCUCUCUCUCUUGCGCUGAGGGCUCCUCUCUUAUCCAUCAACACAAGCACCUCUCCACUGUUACCAGACAACCAUCCAAUCACAGGCUGUUUAAUAUUUCAAAAACAGACCUUGUUAUUUAUUUACAUUUUACGUAUUUUGGGGGUUCAUGUCCCUAUAUAUUUCAGGAUGAGUUAUUUUUCCAAGAGGAUCCAGCGCUGAUGGUUGGCAACGGUAUACCUCAGUGAGUGUGUAGAUAUUUGACAGAACACCAGAGAAGAGCAAGAGAUAGCAGAACACCCUCCCAACGCUACAGUCAAAGUUCCUUUCAACAGGGUGGAGGAGGGGGGGUUAGGAGAUAGACUAUGGCUGCCAUGGCGACCGUGCCCAACUACAGCCCUUCGCUAUGGGUGAGGAUGUGCCACGCCCUCCCCCGGCUGGACCUCACCAUGACGAUGAGAGACAACCUCUUCAUCCCCGACAGCUGGGAGUACCAACAGGUUUCACCAUUCCCUUCCAGUGGCUCUACGUCCCUACUCCCUACGUCACACACAUUGCAUGUUUACAACAUGUCUAUGGUACCGAGAGGGGGAUUCUCAAAUGAUCCGCCAGUAGAGAAAGACAAAAGAAAUGGGAAGCACUUGGAGAGAGAAUGAGAGGGAGAGGAUGAGUAACGUGAGGAGGUCGUGGGGAACAGAAGACAGGACAGAAAGAGAGAUUAAAAAGGAGAGGAUGAGUAACGUGAGGAGGUCGUGGGGAACAGAAGACAGGACAGAAAGAGAGAGUAAAAAGGAGAGGAUGAGUACCGUGAGGAGGUCGUGGGGAACAGAAGACAGGACAGAAAGAGAGAGUAAAAAGGAAGGGAAUGAGUAACGUGAGGAGGUCGUGGGGAACAGAAGACAGGACAGAAAGAGAGAUUAAAAAGGAGAGGAUGAGUAACGUGAGGAGGUCGUGGGGAACAGAAGACAGGACAGAAAGAGAGAGUAAAAAGGAGAGGAUGAGUAACGUGAGGAGGUCGUGGGGAACAGAAGACAGGACAGAAAGAGAGAGUAAAAAGGAGAGGAUGAGUAACGUGAGGAGGUCGUGGGGAACAGAAGACAGGACAGAAAGAGAGAUUAAAAAGGAGAGGAUGAGUAACGUAAGGAGGUCGUGGGGAACACAAGACAGGACAGAAAGAGAGUAAAAAGGAGAGGAUGAGUAACGUGAGGAGGUCGUGGGGAACAGAAGACAGGACAGAAAGAGAGAUUAAAAAGGAGAGGAUGAGUAACGUGAGGAGGUCGUGGGGAACAGAAGACAGGACAGAAAGAGAGAUUAAAAAGGAGAGGAUGAGUAACGUGAGGAGGUCGUGGGGAACAGAAGACAGGACAGAAAGAGAGAUUAAAAAGGAGAGGAUGAGUAACGUGAGGAGGUCGUGGGGAACAGAAGACAGGACAGAAAGAGAGAUUAAAAAGGAGAGGGUGAGUAACGUGAGGAGGUCGUGGGGAACAGAAGACAGGACAGAAAGAGAGAAUAAAAAGGAGAGGUUGAGUAACGUGAGGAGGUCGUGGGGGACAGAAGACAGGACAGAAAGAGAGAUUAAAAAGGAGAGGAUGAGUAACGUGAGGAGGUCGUGGGGAACAGAAGACAGGACAGAAAGAGAGAUUAAAAAGGAGAGGAUGAGUAACGUGAGGAGGUCGUGGGGAACAGAAGACAGGACAGAAAGAGAGAUUAAAAAGGAGAGGAUGAGUAACGUGAGGAGGUCGUGGGGAACAGAAGACAGGACAGAAAGAGAGAUUAAAAAGGAGAGGAUGAGUAACGUGAGGAGGUCGUGGGGAACAGAAGACAGGACAGAAAGAGAGAUUAAAAAGGAGAGGAUGAGUAACGUGAGGAGGUCGUGGGGAACAGAAGACAGGACAGAAAGAGAGAUUAAAAAGGAGAGGAUGAGUAACGUGAGGAGGUCGUGGGGAACAGAAGACAGGACAGAAAGAGAGAUUAAAAAGGAGAGGAUGAGUAACGUGAGGAGGUCGUGGGGAACAGAAGACAGGACAGAAAGAGAGAGUAAAAAGGAGAGGAUGAGUAACGUGAGGAGGUCGUGGGGAACAGAAGACAGGACAGAAAGAGAGAUUAAAAAGGAGAGGAUGAGUAACGUGAGGAGGUCGUGGGGAACAGAAGACAGGACAGAAAGAGAGAUUAAAAAGGAGAGGAUGAGUAACGUGAGGAGGUCGUGGGGAACAGAAGACAGGACAGAAAGAGAGAUUAAAAAGGAGAGGAUGAGUAACGUGAGGAGGUCGUGGGGAACAGAAGACAGGACAGAAAGAGAGAGUAAAAAGGAGAGGAUGAGUAACGUGAGGAGGUCGUGGGGAACAGAAGACAGGACAGAAAGAGAGAUUAAAAAGGAGAGGAUGAGUAACGUGAGGAGGUCGUGGGGAACAGAAGACAGGACAGAAAGAGAGAUUAAAAAGGAGAGGAUGAGUAACGUGAGGAGGUCGUGGGGAACAGAAGACAGGACAGAAAGAGAGAUUAAAAAGGAGAGGAUGAGUAACGUGAGGAGGUCGUGGGGAACAGAAGACAGGACAGAAAGAGAGAGUAAAAAGGAGAGGAUGAGUAACGUGAGGAGGUCGUGGGGAACAGAAGACAGGACAGAAAGAGAGAGUAAAAAGGAGAGGAUGAGUAACGUGAGGAGGUCGUGGGGGACAGAAGACAGGACAGAAAGAGAGAGUAAAAAGGAGAGGAUGAGUAACGUGAGGAGGUCGUGGGGAACAGAAGACAGGACAGAAAGAGAGAUUAAAAAGGAGAGGAUGAGUAACGUGAGGAGGUCGUGGGGAACAGAAGACAGGACAGAAAGAGAGAGUAAAAAGGAGAGGAUGAGUAACGUGAGGAGGUCGUGGGGAACAGAAGACAGGACAGAAAGAGAGAUUAAAAAGGAGAGGAUGAGUAACGUGAGGAGGUCGUGGGGAACAGAAGACAGGACAGAAAGAGAGAUUAAAAAGGAGAGGAUGAGUAACGUGAGGAGGUCGUGGGGAACAGAAGACAGGACAGAAAGCGAGAUUAAAAAGGAGAGGAUGAGUAACGUGAGGAGGUCGUGGGGAACAGAAGACAGGACAGAAAGAGAGAGUAAAAAGGAGAGGAUGAGUAACGUGAGGAGGUCGUGGGGAACAGAAGACAGGACAGAAAGAGAGAGUAAAAAGGAGAGGAUGAGUAACGUGAGGAGGUCGUGGGGGACAGAAGACAGGACAGAAAGAGAGAGUAAAAAGGAGAGGAUGAGUAACGUGAGGAGGUCGUGGGGAACAGAAGACAGGACAGAAAGAGAGAUUAAAAAGGAGAGGAUGAGUAACGUGAGGAGGUCGUGGGGAACAGAAGACAGGACAGAAAGAGAGAGUAAAAAGGAGAGGAUGAGUAACGUGAGGAGGUCGUGGGGAACAGAAGACAGGACAGAAAGAGAGAGUAAAAAGGAGAGGAUGAGUAACGUGAGGAGGUCGUGGGGAACAGAAGACAGGACAGAAAGAGAGAGUAAAAAGGAGAGGAUGAGUAACGUGAGGAGGUCGUGGGGGACAGAAGACAGGACAGAAAGAGAGAGUAAAAAGGAGAGGAUGAGUAACGUGAGGAGGUCGUGGGGAACAGAAGACAGGACAGAAAGAGAGAGUAAAAAGGAGAGGAUGAGUAACGUGAGGAGGUCGUGGGGAACAGAAGACAGGACAGAAAGAGAGAGUAAAAAGGAGAGGGUGAGUAACGUGAGGAGGUCGUGGGGAACAGAAGACAGGACAGAAAGAGAGAGUAAAAAGGAGAGGAUGAGUAACGUGAGGAGGUCGUGGGGAACAGAAGACAGGACAGAAAGAGAGAUUAAAAAGGAGAGGAUGAGUAACGUGAGGAGGUCGUGGGGAACAGAAGACAGGACAGAAAGAGAGAGUAAAAAGGAGAGGAUGAGUAACGUGAGGAGGUCGUGGGGAACAGAAGACAGGACAGAAAGAGAGAGUAAAAAGGAGAGGAUGAGUAACGUGAGGAGGUCGUGGGGAACAGAAGACAGGACAGAAAGAGAGAGUAAAAAGGAGAGGAUGAGUAACGUGAGGAGGUCGUGGGGAACAGAAGACAGGACAGAAAGAGAGAGUAAAAAGGAGAGGAUGAGUAACGUGAGGAGGUCGUGGGGAACAGAAGACAGGACAGAAAGAGAGAGUAAAAAGGAGAGGAUGAGUAACGUGAGGAGGUCGUGGGCAACAGAAGACAGGACAGAAAGAGAGAGUAAAAAGGGAUAGAGAAAGUGAGGGUGCCAGUGAAUGUAUUUAAGUAGGUCACAGAUUAUUAAUAGAGUUGCAGUGGCGUGGAUAGAAAGAAAGAGAG